UUGCUGUUUUACUUACAGGGAGAACGAUUAUGUCGCAGUCAAAUUUUAUUUUGCCGCUCAGCCCGCUUUUUUACCGGAUGUGACGUCACUUUUUGUUGGAUGAUCCAAGCACAAAAAAAGUGCAAGGCGUCGCAGAGUGUUCUCCCCCGCCCCUGGUUUUCACCGGUUUUGUUACAAUAUUCAUUUCACUCUUUCGUUAACCUAAUCGGCUAAUUGGCAGUUUCCAUGGUAAAAAAUUGCGAUAGUAUUAUUGAGACACCCGGCCUACAGUUUGCCGCAAGUAUCGCCGCAAGUAGAGUUAUGCAAAUGGUCCCGCGAUUUUUUUGGUCAGUGGAGAAAAUUAUAAGAAGCAUGCGCGAUGGUGCGUGGUGCUCUUUGUUGUCAGUGUGAAAAGUGCUUGCGAAGCAACUCUGUGAAAAUAUCUUAAACUGUAAAAUCCUGUGCUGAGUCAUCGACCUUUCGGUACAACAUACAUGCCGAUCGCUGUGAAAGGUCUUGGUUGAUAAGCAAGUUGUUUACCGAUGGAGAAAAGAAACGCAGCACCCGAACAGGCACGAGGAAAUAACGAAAGGCAGGGAGGGGUUCCCUAUAACCGACUUGCCGAGGAUAUGGCUCAACCUUUGGCUGAUCUUCAAGUACCGGGAGUUAAUAAUGGAAGUGGGACGAGCGACGAUAGACGAACUGAAAAUGAAACCGAAAGUCUUCCGGGGCCUCGGGAGCCUCCGCAAGGACGCCACAGAGGACAAAGAAGAACUGCUUAUCAGCAGCUUGCAGCAGACAUGGCUGUUCCUCUAGCUGAACUAAAAGUGCCUGGAGCGAGAAAUGAUGGCGAGACAAACAGCGAUGGACAAGUCAAAAGUAAAGUGGAAAAUCGUCGUGAUGUUGCUUCAGUUGAUCAACAAGAAACGAAAAGGCGUGGACGAAAUCAUUAUCUUGCACUCGCAGCGGAUAUGGCCGGUCCUUUAGCGGAGGUCCGUGCACCUGCAAUCAGCGAUGAAAGGGGCUCAGAGUGGUUGCAAACUGACCGCCAAGCGACCGAGUCUUCUCCGCACCAAGAGUCGCUCUCAGAGUACAAUCCAGAUGCAAGUUGUGGCUCAGGUUAUGAUUCAGAGAGCUGCCGACAUUCAAGCUCACUGUUAGAUGCGCGCAGUGAAAGAGAAACCGAAGCUUGUCAAGGCAAAGAUACUGAGUCUGUAGCCGCGCAAGAGUCUCUGUCAGAAUACAACGAAAAUGCUUCUUGCGGCUCGGGCUUUUACCGUUCUGAAUACAGCAUCUCUGAUUACCAAUCAAGCGUCCAGACUUCGGAGCAUGAAAGUGUUAACCAAGGAAGUUUUGCCGCUGAUUGUGGUGGCUUCCGUUCGAAGUCUCCAUCUGAAAUUGACACAGUUCAGGAAGAUUGCCAUUCACAAGUGGAUGGAGAACCUUUCUCGAAACGAACCAAGCUAAACGCAGAAGUGACUGAAGAACUUUCACUUCCGCGUUCGGAGCCGUCUUACACAGAGUCUACGACUACUACUGAUGUCCAAUUUGAAUCUGCCCCGGAGUUAUGUCCUGCUGAAUCCAAGCUAAACGAGUCCCUUCCGGUACAGGACGAGGAAAAGAUAAGUACGCAAAGUAUCCAAGAGCGAGCAAGAAACGUUGUUUCGCCAAUUGAACCGCGUUUGACUUCGGAAUUCGAGCACAUGAAUCUGGCAGGCAACUACAACAGCGUUGAAACUGGAGCAAGUUUUGAUUCUUCUGCAGAACGUUCUGCCCCUGUCUCCCACUCCGAUCACGAGAUGUAUGAGUACGAAAGUAAUCUAGAGUCACUCACAAAAGAUGAAGAUGGGUAUGCUGCUGGAAAGUCCACAGAUUCCUCUGUUGUCGGAAUUGAUUUCUCUUCAUACUCGACAAAUGCUCACAGUGCAAAUGUGUCAACAAGUUUUCUUUCUCAAGGCGCAAGACCGAAGACAAGGCCUAAUGUACCCAAAGGAAAGACACACAAACCCCCCAAACGGAACACCAAGAAUGCUUAUACUGAGCUCGCUAAGGUAGUGGCUGGCGACUUGUCUGCCAUGAAUAGUCAAAUAGAUAAUUCGCACGCUAAAACUCGCCGAGCAGAGGACGAGAAAAAGAGUGUGAGACGACAAGAGUUGUUUGAUGGCAGCACUGUAGAAACAGCGACAUCAGACGAUGCUCCCCAACAGCCAAGCCUGGUAAACGAAAAUGGAACCAGAAGAAAUGAAGUCCAAGGUCAAGGGGAAAAUUUUUCAAGUGAAAUCUUGGGGUCUAGAGCUACUUCGCGAAGAAAACGUGACACGAAGGCCGCCGCAGAGCACAGGUUACAAGUGGAAGAACAGCAGCGUUUGACUGAUAACAUGGCGCCCGAGCUUCAAGCUAUGGUGAUUGAGAUGAUGCGGCGGGAUGAGGAAGAACGAGCGGGACAUGUGCUACUCGACAUGCCCUUGAAUCCCCCUGUUCCCCGUAGGACUUUACCCCAGGGGCGUGGAGGAAAUGUCAACCAAGGAGCUUGUGCGAAAGGACCCUUGAAUCAGGCUGGGGGUAAGAAAUCUCGAAAGGGUCCAAAGAGCAAAGGACAUUAUGUAGAACUGGCAGGCAUUAUAGCACCACAGCUGGCAGCAGUGAAUGCAGCGAUGGUAAACGGGCAUACAGAGGGAGAGCUUGGGGCCGCAGGACAUAAGAAAACAGAUGGGAAUCACACUGGAAACGCUGAGUCGCGUGGAAUCAUUGGAAGCGCCGAUGAAAAAACACUCGACCCAGAACCUGAAACCAGUCCAAUGGACACGACUGGUGCACGUGGAACUGACACGCGUUCACGUGAACAUCGGUUAUCCAAUGGAUGUGCUGCAACAUUGUCUCGUGACCAGUCACGUGCUCACGUAUCUUUGCCUCUUGCGACCAAUGGAAGAGAAACAACAGACGGUCCCGGUGCGUUCAGUUUGGUGGACAGUGCUGGGACUCCAUUACAAAGACGUGAAAAUGGAAACCGAAGAGGAAGCGGGGAUAACACUGGCAAAGGAAAUCGAGGAAAGACUGGCAAGCAGAAAAAACCCAAAGAGGUAGAAAAGAACAAAAGUAAUCUGCUACAAAUGGCAGAAAGCAUGGCGGAAUCUUUACAAAGUCUAAAUGCUCGCCUCGAAGAACAACAACGCCUGCAACAGUCAUUGAAUAGUCGCGGAGCAGCAGCGAGACCCGAAGAAUGUGUUACGCGUGACGCGAAUGGCGUUUUAAGGAAUGAAAGUUGUUCGUCACGCAAGGAAGAUGGUCAUAAAUAGGACAGUGGAGUGAAUAUCGUUUUACCCAUAAGCUGUAAAAAGUGAACAUGUUUUUGUUGGUACUUAAAGGGUGUUGGUUUCUUUAAA